CCACAACUCCUCCCCUUCGCACCGGCGGCUGCCGCCGCCGCCCCUCCCCUCCGUGCGGCCCGACGACGCCGCCGCAGCUCCUCCCCUCCACACCUGCGGCAUGCAGCUCCACCCCUCCGCACGGCCCGAUGGCGCUGCCCGCGUUGGCCUCCUCCCUGAGAAGCUGAACACGACAAGCUACGCCAAACACAAGGACAAGCUUCUCUGGAAAGCAGCUAUCGGGACCAGCGAGUGGAGCUUCUGCAAAUAGGAGCUUUUGGAAAAGCUCCAGCUCCCCCAGGGCCAAAAACUCCACGGCGCUUGCUGACUGCUCGUUUUCUUUCUUGGUGGGCCAGGUGCGCGGCGCUUCCUCGAGCGUUCAGCUCUCGAAGCAGCUGCACAGCUUCAGCUCUCGAGGAGCGCGCGGAGACGAGGGGUCGUGCCUUCUCUUUUCACUCCACAUAUUCAUUGGUACGGCGCCCGCCGCUUGGGGAUCUCAAUUCGUAUAGUAGCAGCUAUAAUGAGAAUGGUAGGCGAAGGGAAGGGGAAGGGGCAUGUGUCUGUCUUCCGCCAUACUUCUAGUUCUGAUCUAGUUUCUCUCGUUAGCAAGUGCUAUCUCUGAAGCAACACCACCUCGUGUAUCAGUUCUGGUCUUCUACUGGAAUCAUGGCCAUGUCGUCGUUCGCCGGCGUAUCUAUCGUCGGAGGCGGCGGCAGUCCGCCGCAAGAUGCCUCGGCCACCAUGGCCGUCAAGUACAACGGGUACCACCUGCUAGUUGUGAAUGGAUACUCGCGCAUCAAGGACCGCCCCAAUGGCGCGCACAUCGCAUCUCGCCAUUUCAGAGUCGGAGGCUACCGCUGGGUCAUCGAGUGCUACCCCAAUGGCAAGGAAUCAGACCAUGAUGGUAACAUAUCCUUUUAUCUCGUCCUUGAUCAAGGUAACGUUCGUAACCCUAUGAUGGUGCAGUAUGAGUUCAGCUUCGUCGUUGAUCAGGCUCAGAACAGCGACUCGUCAUGGCUCACUGGUGCGAAGGAAACUCUUGCAUUCUGUAGUCGUAGUGUUGCCUUUGCCCAUAGUUACCCCUGUUCAAUGGAGAGGAAAAUGUUUGAGAAGUCAAAAUAUCUCAAGAAUGACAGUUUCACAUUACGGUGUGACGUCAUCAUCAACAAGGUCGUUAGCAUCACGGAUGCCGAUGUAGCUGUUCCGGCCAAUUCUAUGCUUGUGGCACCUCAUAUUCAACAGGAUAUCGCUGACCUCCUCAAGUCCGGUGUGGGCGCCGAUGUGACGUUUCAGGUCGGCGAUGUGAAGUGCGCCGCACACCGGUGCGUGCUUGCAGCCCGGUCUGCUGUCUUCAAGGCUCAGCUCUUUGGCCCCAUGAAGGAGGGAACGACUACUAGUGUCAUACAUGUAAACGACAUGGAGGAACAGGUGUUCAAGCUUUUACUUGACUUCAUCUACGGUGAUUCAGUGCCGGAGAUGGAAACAGAGGAAGAAGACGUUAUGUGGCAGCACUUGCUUGUAGCGGCAGAUAGAUACGAUCUCCCGAGGUUGAAGCUGAUCUGUGAACAAGAGUUGUGUGACUACUGCUUCAACACGAGCACAGUUGCGAACAUCCUUGCGCUAGCUGAGCAGCACCGUUGCCGACGGUUGAAGAAGGCGUGCUUGGAGUUCCUCAAUUCUCCUGCCAAUUUACAGGAGGUAAUGGUGGUCGACGGCUUGGACCAUUUGAUUAGCAGCUGCCCUUCUGUUCUGAAAGAACUCAUUGCCAAGCUUGCAUCUCUGAAUUUUGAUGUCGACACUGCAGACUCUGCUGAAUCUGAUCUACUGUUGCUUGAGGUACCGGAAUCUGACAUGCACCAACAUUUGUCUAGUCUCCUCCAAUCGGAAGAGAGAACAGAUGUGACAUUUGAGGUUGGCGGCGAGACGUUUUCUGCACACAAGUGUGUGCUCGCUGCCAGGUCUGCAGUCUUCAGGGCUGACCUUUUUGGCCCGAUCAAGAAUACAAACACAGACGGGGUCAUACGCAUACAUGACAUGGAAUCAAAAGUAUUCAAGUUACUGCUUACCUUCAUUUACGAUGAUUGUUGGCCGCAGAUGAAGGAAGAGAAAAUUGGGGACGGUGCUGAUGCUGAUGUGAUGUGGCAGCAGUUGCUUGUCGCAGCAGAUAGAUAUGGCCUCGAGAGGCUGAAGCUGAUGUGCGAAACGAUGCUGUGCAGAUACAUCAACACGACCACUGUGGUUGACAUCCUCAAGCUAGCUGAGGAGCACCAUUGCCGAGAGCUGAAGGAGAACUGCUUGAACUUCCUUGACUUCCCUGCUCAUCUGCAGGACGUGAUGGCGGCGGGUGGCUUGGAACAGCUGAGAAGCAGCUGCCCUUCAGUCCUGAUAGAUCUCAUUGCUAAGCUUGCGUCACUUAAGCAUGAUACCUGACAGGUGAUGGAUGCUACUCCAUGAGCGAUUCUUUCCUUCUUUUGGCUUUGCAGGACUUGAGCAAGGUGGAUCGAGCUAAUCAUUGAUGAAACUACUAGGGAGCAACCAGAUUGCUACUGGAUGAAGCAUGUUCAGAUCCUGCUGGUCUUUGUUUUCUAAGUUAUAUGAUGCCAGAGCUUUAAGAUUUUGUUCUAUUUCGUUGGCUUGUUCCAGCUAGUCAGUCCCUUGUUUUGUAAGGACCUAGCAUAGUACUAGUGAGGCUUGAUGAGCUCCUCAUUUUCAGAAUUUCAGUAUCUAUUGCUUUUAAGCUGUUUGUUCCGGCUCAAACCGUUUUGAUUUUACUAUCUUAAGUUCCACUUCAUGUACUGUUUUGGCUGCUUUUCGGUCAGUAUUAUGUGAUCUACCAGCUAGCUACGGAUAGUUUGGAGAUUAAAACAAUUUGUGAAAGCAACGUUGUGUGA